GGCGCGGGACAGCGGCGCGGGGUGUCGGGAGCCAUGGGCUAUUGCAGCGGCCGGUGCACGCUGGUGGCGGUGUGCGGCGCGCAGCUGGUUUCUGUGCUCGAGAGGCAGAUAUUUGACUUCCUUGGUUAUCAGUGGGCACCCAUACUGGCAAAUUUUAUACACAUUAUUAUAGUCAUACUUGGCUUAUUUGGAACCAUCCAGUAUAGACCUCGUUACAUUACAGGAUAUGCUGUCUGGCUGGUCCUUUGGGUUACAUGGAACAUAUUUGUUAUCUGCUUCUACUUGGAGGCUGGGGACCUUUCAAAGGAAACAGAUCUCAUUCUGACCUUUAAUAUCUCAAUGCAUCGUUCUUGGUGGAUGGAGAAUGGGCCAGGUUGCACCGUGACCUCAGUAACCCCAGCCCCAGACUGGGCACCAGAGGAUCAUCGUUAUAUCACUGUCUCGGGGUGUCUUCUUGAAUAUCAGUACAUAGAAGUGGCUCACAGUUCUCUUCAGAUCUUCCUUGCACUGGCGGGGUUCAUCUAUGCCUGUUAUGUUGUGAAAUGUAUUACUGAAGAAGAAGACAGCUUUGAUUUCAUAGGUGGAUUUGACUCUUACGGCUAUCAAGGUCCACAGAAGACAUCACAUUUACAGCUACAGCCCAUGUAUAUGUCAAAAUAAACAUGGGGACUACACAACAAUGGUCCGGAGGACCUGUGAAAGAAACUGUUUCAGGAUGGCCUCCUGGAUCUUCAAAGAGAGAAAAAAAGUCCAGUUUU